CUUUCACUUCCCGCCACCAGCAAUGCCGCCGAUAUCCUCCUCCUGCUUCUCCUCGGAGCAAGAGACCUCCAUUCCCAUCUCCGCCCUCGCCUACGUCAUCUCCGGCGCUACCACCUCACCCCCAGACCUCAUCGCCCUAGUCCCUCCCUGCCUCCUCUGCCGCAUCGACGGUUGCCUCGGCUGCGAGUUCUUCGACGCGGAGGCGACGACGAGAGGCGGGGAACCUACUGCGGCGAAGGCGCCGAAAAGGAGGAGGAAAAAAAGAGAGAGGAAGAACAAGUACCGCGGCGUACGGCAGCGGCCUUGGGGCAAAUGGGCGGCGGAGAUCCGUGAUCCCUGGAAGGCAGCGCGCAAGUGGCUCGGCACCUUCGACACUGCCGAGGAGGCCGCCCGCGCCUACGACUGCGCCGCCUUCGAGUUCCGCGGCCCGCGCGCCAAGCUCAAUUUCCCACCGCCGCCGCCCUCCUCCUGCGCUGCGCCGCUAAAUGCAACUUCUCAGACGCCGCCGUCGGUGAACAAUAAUCAGCCGCCGCUGGAGGCGGAUCGGCAAGUGGAGCAACUGUGGGACGUGUUCUUGAUCGACGAAGACGAUGAUGAUCGUCGUUUUUUUUUUUUUGAAUUAGAAAUGGAUAAUUGAUUUGUUUAUUUCAUCAACCGUGAUGCUUCGAAAUCAUGGAGGGUACGUUUAAAAAAUGAUUACAAAACGAGGGCUUAAAGGAAAUGUGCCCUAUCACAGAUUCACAGUCUUAUUAUAUCGCGUGUUGUGUUGA